UUGGGUGUUUCGUUUUUCACCAAUCCAAUUACCUGAGCUUCUCUUCCACAUUUCCCAAAACGGCCAAACCCUCCAAUUCCAAAUUCCUAAAACUAACUGUGAGUCUGUAUUCUCCUCUUCCAUUGUUGAGUUGAGUUGGGUUCCCUUAGCUAAGCCCAUGGCCAUGAAUUCAAGAACAAGCACAGAGUACUUGAUUCCAAAGAAAUGGCAGGAAAUGGAGAUCAGUAGCCCUGAGAAACCCAAGAUUUCAACUGAAAAUAAACUCAGGAUCAACAACAAGUCGUCGGUCUCUAUCUCUGUCUCUGUCUCUGUUCUGUACUACAUCUCCAGAAAUGGCCACCUCGAUCAUCCCCAUUUCAUGGAAGUUCCUCUCUCUUCUUCCCACGGACUCUAUCUCAGAGAUGUGAUAAACAGGUUAAACUUUCUCAGAGGUAAAGGCAUGGCGAGCAUGUAUUCAUGGUCUUCAAAAAGGAGCUACAGAAACGGAUUCGUGUGGCACGAUCUGUCGGAGAACGACCUAAUACAUCCGACACACGGCACCGCCGAAUACGUCCUCAAAGGAUCAGAGCUUCUCAGAACCUCUUCAAGCUUCAGGUACCCCGAAAACACAAGAACGUUGGAAACCGUACCGGAAGCAAAACUCUCCGGCGAAAAUCGCAGCUUCCCGGGGACGAUCAGGAGAAGAAACCGGUCGUGGAGUUCCUUCGACGAGUCGCAAGAGUACAGAGUCUACAGCGGAGAACUCGCCGGGAAAUCCGCCGCCGCCGCCGACGCGUCGACACAAACAGGCGACGAUCGGAGAUUACGAACGGGUGGCGAAGAGUGUGGAGAGACGACCAUGGAGUUGAGCAGAGGGUCUUCUUCGAUUUCUAGUUCGGAGGUUAUUCUGGGGGGCGUGAUGAGUGGAUCGAGAGCCGUUGAUGUUUCUGGGGAGAUUGGAGAUCGGACGGUUAGUAGAGAGCAUCACAGUGGGAGGAUGAAGGCUUCGCGCGUUCUGAUGCAGUUGGUUAGUUGUGGGUCCGUGUCGGUCAAGACUCGUGGAUUGUGAGUUAAGGCUUUAGCUCUCGUUUGAUAACUGUGAUAUAAUAGAUGGAUGAGAUUCGUAAGGAGAUGAGAUUAUGAUUGAAAUUGAUAAUGAAAAAGGAUUAGUAAUGAGUAUGUUUGUUUGUGAUGGAA